AUGGCACAGCGGUCAUCGCGCCAGCUACCGCGGUGCCACAACGGCGCCCAGCUCCCUCCUGGUGGUCUCCAGCCACCGGCGAAAGCCCGCGUCACCUCCCAGCACCGUCACCCAACCUUCCUCGACCCGCGUUCACCGUCUGCGAUGAAAGAUCGCGCCCAGGUCCCUCUUCGUGGUCUGCAGGUCCCGACGCUGGCCCGCGUCACCUUCCAGCACCAUCACCGAACCCUCCUCAACUCGUGUUCGUCCGCUGUGGUGAACGACCGGCCCCGGUCGUCACGCCGGCCACCGCAGUACAAGGACUGCGCUGACCUCCCUCCUCGCGGUCUCCAAUGCCUGACGCUGGCCCGUGUCACCUUCCAGCACCCUCAGCCAAUCCUCCUCGACUCUAGUUCGCCAUCUGCACCGAGCGACCACGCCCCGGACCUCCCGUCGAACAUCGAGUGCCGGCCGGUAGACUCGAUGUCUCUGGCACACUCAAACGCAACGUGUUUGAGCGCGCGUUCGCCCAGCAGUGUUCGGGCGAUAUAG